CGACUCUGCACGUAUAACUUGGGUGUGUGGUCGGUUCCCAGCUUCUUGAAGGUCAUGGUAUCUAGCAGCCAAGCCGUACUUUUUUCAACUUGAGCCUUGAGCAGGACCCUUUUAGUCGACAUUCGCGAUCCCACCUAUCAGGCUGCGCUUCCUCUUUCGUCCAUUCUCGUCCUCGGUUUCCCGUCUCGCGUCACCCGUCCUCUCCUCGCAUCUCGACUCUCCAACCUCGUUAGCGUACCCACGACCUGCUUACCGUAGCGCGUCGCCUUGCGUCGCCUCCCAUCGCGUUGCGUCGCCUUGCGUCGCGAUCCAGUCGCCGGAAUGCAGGCGGUGGUCGGGGCGGGCAGCCUGGCUAGCCGUGCCAGCCAGACGACCAGAGUGCACCCGCCGAUCCGACUGCGAUCCGCUAGCAGCGUUCCCUUCCAGCUCCGCCCGUCUCAGCUUCUGCCUCCCCCAGCUAACACCCUCCAAACGCCGCCCUGUGGCGCUGCGUGCCGAGGCCGCCACGCGUCCAACUUCUCCUCCGUUCCUCGACCCGUCGCCCACCAACAUCUACAUACAACAGCCGACGCCGUCCCGGAUUCUCCCUUCAGCGGCUGUAGCGCGGUUGUAGCGGAGAGAGCGGGGAGGCGGGGGAGGAGAGGGAGGGUUAGGGUUGAGGGAAGGAGCACGGUGGGUGACAGUGGGUGGGGGGGCGUGGGGAGCGAGGAGCGACAGCAGGGAUCUGACGUGGAGGGAGGGCGGGAUGUGGAGGAAGGGAAGGAGUUUGAAGGGAAGGAGUUUGAAGGGAAGGUUUUGGAAGUGGAUGGGGAGGAGGGAGAGGAGGAGGACGAGUUGGUGGAGGGCGGUUCAGUAUCGCUCGACAACGGGUUCCAGUUCUUCCCAUCCGAUCAUCGCCUCUCAGACCCAGAGAACCGAGCAGCUUCAGAAGUAGCAGAGGCAGCCGCAGCAGCCGCAGCAGCACCAGCGGCACUGGCGGGCGUGGCACCAGCACUACCAGAAAGUACUAGCAGCAGCACGAGCAGUGAUAGCACCACCGCCAUCAGCAGCAGUGACACCAUUGGCAGCAGCGGCAGCGGCAGCAGCAGCAGGGCGGGGUUGUACCGGGUACCAGUGUCAGGCGGAGUGCAGAGCGCCACUGCUGCUCACGGGCUGCCUUCUCCCGCCGUGGCUGUGCGGAAUCUAGUGGAGCAGGCCGGUUUCGCCCAUCUGUGCAGCAUCAUGUCGCGAAUGCACCAUCGGCGCAAGGGCUACCCCUUUGGCUCCCUUGUGGACUUCGCCACCGACGACGAAGGCCAUCCCAUCUUCCUGCUCUCUCCGCUCUCGAUCCACACUCGCAACAUCCUUGCAGACCCUCGCUGCACUCUUGUUGUUCAGAUCCCUGGGUGGAGUGGGCUGGCCAACGCUCGAGCCACCAUCUUUGGGGAUGUGUACCCGGUGCCGCCCAGCCAGCAGCAGUGGGCGCAGCGCUUCUUUGCGAGGCGGCACCAGCACGGGGCAGCGCAGAUGUGGGGCAACUUCAGCUACUACCGCAUGCAGCACAUCUGCGACAUCUAUUUCGUGGGCGGGUUUGGCACGGUGGCGUGGAUAGAUGUGAAGGACUAUCUUGCUGCCACUCCAGACGCUAUCGUGCUGCAGAACACAGAGGCCACCUUGCAUGAGCUGAAUGUGCGGCUGGGAUCGGAUCUGAAGCGCCAGCUAGCGUCGAUCCUGCCGCAGCCGGUGGAUGAUGCACUGUUCAUCAGCAUCGACGGCAAGGGGGUGGACAUCCGAGUCAGAAAUGGGGCUAAGUUCAACGUGCAGCGCCUAUCGUUCAACUCGCCAUCGGAGGUGCAGUCAACAGAGGAUGCUGUUGCUGCGUUGCACCACCUGUUGCGCCACGGCGUUACGCCCGUUUCCAACGGCAUGCUCCAAUAACGAAACCUCGCCUUCUUCACUCACCACAGAAUGGCGCAUGCCAUGUUGCACCCUCGUUGAGGAGUCUAUUUUUUUAGGCGCGUCAGAGCUCGCCAUGCUGCACACUCGUUUCCAGAUUCCCUCUCAGACGACAUGUUUGGGGGUACACUCCACUCAUUGAUGGCAGUUCGUAAAACCUAGUUCAGCAGCACGGAUGGUUCCUGAGAAUUCUUGAUACCAUACCCUACUGUCUGGAGCUGAGCUGUGGCUUUCCUUCCAUUCUUGCUCCAAUGAGUUGGCUACAUGUACCACUGCGCCCCUGCAAGGAUCCUACACACAAGCCUGAAAUGAAAAUGUGACUUUUUA